AUGGAUAGUAAUGCAAAUCGUGUGGUACCCAUGCGAUUAUUUGCAAAUUGGGAAACGGAUCGGACAAUAACUUGUGCUGUACAACGGAUGUUUUCAAUGGCUUUAACUCGUCUGGUCUUCAAUUCUCUACGGGAAAAUCAGUCUACUCUUGUUGUCACUGUAAAAUUACUUGGUUCAAAACGAUCUCUUCGCAGUAAUGAUUUCCAAAUUCAGUGUCGGAAUGGUAAAGUUGAUGUAGAUCUAAAUAUAUCAUUCACAAUACAGUAUCUCCAUUUUUUGAAGCGAAAAAGAAAUAUUUUACAAAUUUUACUCCAAAGGCGAAAACGGUAUAAAAAUCGACCAAUUUUGGGUUAUAAAACAUUGGCUGUUGGAACGAUGAAUUUAUCAGAAAUUUUACAGAAUUGCUCUGUUCGUGAAAUUGCUCUCUUUGAUCCAGAUGCAGAAAAGGAUGACCUGCAAAAUAUUAAUCCAAUUGGACGGCUUGUUGUUGGAUCAUGCCAAAAUCAGGCAUUUGAAGCUGAGAAUGAAGUUAGGGUAAGAAGAAUCAAAGACAAAGAACUUGAAAGUGAAGAUGAUGAUGAUAGUUCAUCAGAUGUGCAAGAGACAAAUGAUGAACAUGAAAUGCCUGAUUCAGGUCGUUCGGUUCCUAAGCAAAGGUAUAAAUCGCGGAAAACGCAUGAACAGAAAAUCGCACGAAAGAAUUUGAAACAAAAGUUUUCGUCUUUGUUAAAAAAGUUCAAAAUAGCUGAAGAAGGAGCACCAGACUCAAUGUCACGAAGUGGUAGUGUUGCACCUACAGCUCAAGAACUGGAAGAACUCUUUGAAGAACUCGAUAAUUUAUCUGACUCUGGACCAGAAAUGGUGAUGGACAAUUUAAGCAUUGUUAGUAACCCUCGCCCUGGUUUGCGACCUUAUUUUGCAUCGUCAUCACGAGAAGUGCUACCAUCUAUUACAGAUGAAAAAGCAUUGGAUAAUACAGAAGAAACGGAAAGUGAUGAAGAGGCUAGUACUGAUGUUGAUAAUCAGAUGGUUGUACCAACUAGUUUACCUGAUUCAACUGAAAAAAAUUAUCGAAAACUUGUUGCAACGAUUGAAACAAAUCCAACUGCUUAUAUGUCAAGUAGUGUACCUGGUUCUCAGCUCAACGCUCAAAAUGUUGCAACAUCAACGUCUGUUGGCUCAUUUUAUCCAGGUUCAUCAGAUUCUGAUCCAUCAGCUGUCCCAAUUGGAAAAUCACGUGUCUUUCCAAUACGUACAUUAUCAAUCACUGACUGGUUAUCUGCUGUUGUUCACGAUGAAGAGCCAUGGAAUGUUAAUGAACGGCUCUGGUUAUGUGGUAAUUGGGACAUAUCUGUACCAGCAUUUCUUGGUUCUGUAGUUCGAAUACUAGACUGCUCAUCAUUCAAUGAUUGUCGUCUAUUGAUCUCAUCGAUUGUUGCAAAAAUACAGAAAUUCUGUAACAGCUCUUCGGCAUCUCCCCCGUGCACAAUACUUGGUGUAAUUGGUUCAGAAAAAUUAGUUAGCCUUGUUCUUCGUGCCUAUGUGGAAUCAUUACAAAAUAAAUCAGCUGACUGGAUUAAUUUUCUGAGAUUUUGUGUUAUUAUGCCACCAUCUUCUCUACUUAGUAAGGUUUUUCAAAUCGAUGGUACAUUUUCUUUGAGCGAAAUAUUUACAAAAAAUGUCGAUGAAUUUUCUUCGUUCGAAUUGAAGACGUUCGCGGAUAAAAUUCGAAAUGUAUCGGAUGGAAAGUCUCAAAAAUUACCCAUUGGUGAAGCAAUGCUACAAUUAUAUAAGAAGGCUGCAGAUGAUGAGAAGGAAAGUUCAUCCUUCGUUCCAUUUCUCUAUGAAGUUCGGGUAGGUCAAUUCGACGAAGAUAUUGAAAGCUGUAAUACUUUCUUCAGAUCAAAUGAUGACUCUCAGGGUGUUUUUGGUACGCAGCAGUUAUCACCUCCCUUGACUCCUCAUAAUAUAAAGUUAUGUGAUCCUCAAGAUCUUCUUAUCGAAUAUUGGGUACCAAAUAAUAGCCAAAGUGUUGACGGUGGUACAAGCAGUGUUAACAGUGGUGGAGGAAGUUAUACUUCAAUUAAGCGUGAACCACAGUUCUUGAAAUGCUCAAUUCGAUCUGCUUUUCGUUCACUUACAGUAUUUCGGAAACCGUUUAAUGUUCUCCUCUCGUUCGAGUUUGUAAAAGAACGAAGGCGUGAUAAAAUGUUUCAAAAACUGGGGAUGAAGAAAGUUCAGAGAAGUGAAUCAGAAAAUCAAAGUCCUGUUCAGUGUAUUAACAACGUCGCACGUCUAAUUUGUAGUGGAAAACAUCCCCUUACUGUUUUGAUUGAUGGCUACACUUGGUCUGAAAUACGUUUUUUUCAAAUUUCUGCUCAUUGGCAAACGCAUGUGAAGUAUUUCCCUAUCUGUGGGCCAUCUGAUUCAUAA